CUGACUAACCAGUCGAAUAAGUUCCUUUCGCACAUCGAAAGUAUUGUUAAAGUAUGUGCUCUUCUUCUGCAAACACUUUGCAUAUCAAUAUCACGAAAAACGCAAGCAUGAAGACUAUCGUCGCUGUUUUCUGCGUGCUUUACUUCGUAUGUUGCGGGGUUACUGCCAAUGAGAUGUCCGAGUCGUGCUUGAAACAAAUGGAUCUUAGCAUCGCUGAUCUCCCAAGUUUAGUUCACGACAACAGCCCUGAGAUAGCGAGAAAACGUGGAUGCCUCGAAGCCUGUAUGAUGCAGAAGAUGGGUCUGAUGGAUGGCAACGUUAUUAACACACAGAAGAUCGACGAACUGCUCGACAGUAUAUUACCUGACGGCGAGAGCAAGGAGAUCGUUCACAAUAAUGUACACCAAUGUGCCAAGGAUGCUGCGGACGACGACCAGUGUCUGGUUGCUCAAAACUUCGCCCAAUGUGGCCUGGAACACUUGAAACUCACUGCUCGUCAACUGCUAUCAACAAUCGCAUAAAUCGUCAAGAUACUUUUUUAAAUACAACAAACGUUGAAGACCCCUCGAUACAUGUGAUUAACCGGAUCAAUUGUAAAACUUGUCAAUAAAACGAAAAGCAUGUA